GGUCCAUCGUUUCUGAUUUCGGAUUUCUGAUUUAUAAGCACGGUUGUAUCUGUGAGUCCCGCGUCCGUUUCCGUAACUCCGCCAUCCCAAUACCACAAUACCCCGUGUGUGGGUUGUGUGUUCAUUUUUCGUGAUCAUUUUCGCUGGAUGCCUCGGCGAGGGGUUGUCACCGUUUAGUUGUGCGCUGGACGAGCAGCGAGUAACAUCCGGUCCACCGAUCCCAUCCGAUCCGAUCCGAUACCAUCCCAUCCCAUGGAUAGCUGAUCGAUCCGAUCCGUGUACUUGGGCAGUGUGCGUGCUGCGAUCGCCUCUAUUUUUUUUGUUUAGUUUUGGUGUUUUUGGUGUUUUGUAUGCUCUUGCUGGUCUGGACAACCGAACCAGUUGAAGGAUAGGAUCCCCCGAUAGCGAUCACCCCUCAUCCCAUGGAAGUGCUGAAGAAGGACGCCGUCCUGGGCUCGCCCAGCAGCGUCUUCUACUUCCUGCUGCUGCCCACGCUGGUGCUGUGGUACAUCUACUGGCGAUUAUCCCGGGCCCACCUGUACAGGCUGGCCGGACGACUGCCGGGACCCAGGGGCCUGCCCAUCGUGGGCCACCUGUUCGAUGUGAUUGGACCCGCUUCAUCUGUUUUCAAAACAGUCAUCCGGAAGAGCGCCCCCUUCGAGCACAUAGCCAAGAUGUGGAUCGGGCCCAAGCUGGUGGUCUUCAUCUACGAUCCCCGGGACGUGGAGCUGCUGCUGAGCAGCCACGUCUAUAUCGACAAGGCCUCCGAGUACAAGUUCUUCAAGCCCUGGCUGGGCGAUGGACUGCUGAUCAGCACAGGUCAAAAAUGGCGUUCGCACCGCAAACUGAUCGCACCCACAUUCCAUCUGAACGUCUUGAAGAGCUUCAUCGAGCUCUUCAACGAGAACUCGCGCAAUGUGGUGAGGAAACUGCGUGCGGAGGAUGGUCGCACGUUUGAUUGCCAUGAUUACAUGAGCGAGGCAACCGUGGAGAUUCUAUUGGAGACUGCGAUGGGCGUGUCGAAGAAGACGCAGGACAAGUCGGGAUUCGAGUACGCGAUGGCCGUGAUGCGGAUGUGCGACAUCCUGCACGCCCGCCACCGCAGCAUCUUCCUGCGCAACGAGUUCGUGUUCACCCUGACCAGGUACUACAAGGAGCAGGGCCGCCUGUUGAACAUCAUCCAUGGCCUGACCACCAAGGUGAUCCGCAGCAAGAAGGCGGCCUUCGAGCAGGGCACCCGCGGAUCCCUGGCCCAGUGCGAGCUGAAGGCGGCUGCCUUGGAGAGGGAGCGGGAGCUCAGCGGACAGGAUGCGGAUGCGGUGGUCAGUGGCCAGUCCUCGGGUGAGGAGAAGGUCACUCUGCCGGUGGCCGGACUCUCGUACGGCCAGUCGGCCGGCCUCAAGGACGACCUGGAUGUGGAGGACAACGACAUUGGCGAGAAGAAGCGGCUGGCCUUCCUCGACCUGAUGCUCGAGAGUGCCCAGAACGGGGCCCUCAUCACCGACACGGAGAUCAAGGAGCAGGUGGACACCAUCAUGUUCGAGGGACACGACACCACGGCAGCCGGCUCCUCGUUCUUCCUCUCGCUGAUGGGCAUCCACCAGGAGAUCCAGGACCGCGUGCUCGCCGAGCUCGACUCCAUUUUCGGCGACUCACAGCGGCCGGCCACGUUUCAGGACACACUGGAGAUGAAGUAUCUGGAGCGGUGUCUGAUGGAGACGCUGCGCAUGUACCCGCCCGUCCCGCUGAUCGCCCGCGAGCUGCAGGAGGACCUCAAGCUGAACUCGGGCAACUACGUGAUCCCCAGGGGCGCCACGGUGACGGUGGCCACCGUCCUGCUGCACCGCAAUCCGAAGGUCUACGCCAAUCCCAACGUCUUCGAUCCGGACAACUUUCUGCCGGAGCGGCAGGCCAACCGCCACUACUACGCCUUCGUGCCCUUCUCCGCGGGACCGCGCAGCUGUGUGGGCCGCAAAUACGCGAUGCUUAAGCUGAAGAUCCUUCUGUCGACCAUUUUGCGGAACUACCGUGUCUUCUCGGACCUGACCGAAUCGGACUUCAAGCUGCAGGCGGACAUCAUCCUAAAAAGGGAGGAGGGCUUCCGCGUGCGCCUGCAGCCGCGGAGCAGGUGAACCCAGUGAACCCAGUGAACCCAGCGAACCAGGUGGACCAGGUGAACCAGGUCAUCCGGGUGGACGGACGAGGGUCACCGGAUGGCGGACAGCACACAGUACACAAUAAGCUACACAGAACGGACACUUAUCCAUACAUAUAUCUCUACUUGUUGGCAAGUGAUAGUCACCGGUUUAUACAGUAAUAUUGAUAAUAUUAAAUAAUAAACGUGCUCCCAACACUCGAUUUAUUGAAUAGUAUAAUAAUUAUUUUUUUGUCGCAUUUAACACGCAAAGCAAUCACAACUAUCGUCAUCUUCUUUUAACUGUUUUUUUUUUUUUGGUUAUUUAAUAAUUAUAAUACCUUUUUUGUGUAAUGAUUUUGACAAUAAAUCUUUUGUGUAAUUAUACAA